CUUCUUGAAAGUGCACGCUGCGCCUUUGCUGGAAGAACAUUCUACAGCGUUGAUUCAUUUCUUACAGCCUUGAAAGCGCCAUAACCAGCAGCUGCUGAACCAUGGCUGAAGGGGAAAUCACAACCUUCACAGCCCUGACUGAGAAGUUUAAUCUGCCCCCAGGGAAUUACAAGAAGCCCAAACUCCUCUACUGUAGCAAUGGAGGCCACUUCCUGAGGAUCCUUCCAGAUGGUACAGUGGAUGGGACAAGGGACAGGAGCGACCAGCACAUUCAGCUGCAGCUCAGUGCGGAAAGCGUGGGGGAGGUGUAUAUAAAGAGCACCGAGACUGGCCAGUACUUGGCCAUGGACACCAACGGGCUUUUGUACGGCUCACAGACACCAAAUGAAGAAUGUUUGUUCCUGGAAAGGCUGGAGGAAAACCAUUACAACACCUACACGUCCAAGAAGCACGCAGAGAAGAACUGGUUCGUUGGUCUUAAGAAGAAUGGAAGCUGCAAACGUGGUCCUCGGACUCACUAUGGCCAGAAGGCAAUCUUGUUUCUCCCCCUGCCAGUCUCCUCUGAUUAAGGAAAUCUGUUCUGAGUGCUGACGGCUCCAGAGGAGCCUGAAGGGGUCCUCACCUGGUUGACCCCAGAUCGUUCCCUUGACCAUUAGCUGCACUAACCCCUGGCCCACAGAGCCUGAAUUUGUAAGCAAUGCGCUUCUAAAUGCCCAGUUCACUUCUUUGCUGAGCCCUUUACCGCAGCACAGUUUGGAACAGGGGUACCAAAUUGCUUCUAGGGGCCAACUGGCUGGCCAGUCUGGGUCUGGUUUGGAUGUCCAUUGCCUCUGGGCACCUGCUGCAGGCUGAGCCUCUCAAUGCAAAGGUGGGGCCAAAUGAAGUGUGUUCAGGGGGCUACCAAGUGGGUUAUUAGUAACUGCAUACAGUUCCCUCUUCUGAGUAAACCCUGUCUGCGAUCCCCAAACAUCUGGCAUGACUCCCUUUUGUCCCUUCAAUACCCCACAAAUAUUAGCAGAGAAGCUUAUGGCUAGGUUAGAGGAAGGCAGCAUUCCAUCACUACAAACAGGGAUGAAGAAAUCCCCCCUCAAGAACAGAAGGGAUUAAAAUGGCCAGGGGAGAUAGGAUUUUGGUGGACAGCUUAGAGGAUGGAUCUCAAUGUGGAAUAAUUGAAGGAUGAGUGGCUCAGCAACAGGAAAGCAGAAUAAAUGCACAGCCCUGAGAGCCCUUACCAUGCCUUGACUUUCCCAAGGUUAUUUGGCAGAAGGAAGUCCCUGAAUAUAUCAGGUGGAGAGCAUGAGAAGAGGGUUCUUGAUAAAAGAAAGGAUGUUGGACGUUGGUCAAUUCAUUUGGGUCCAGGGAGUGGGUGUGGGAGUGAUGAGAAAGAGAGGCAAACUUGGGCUGAGGGGAAUCAUCCUCUAAGAGGAUGAUUCUAGAAGUGAGAAGGAAAGAGAAAGGGAUGCCAUGACUUGUGCUUGGCCACCAGAAAGCAGGGGCUUUGGGUUCCUCGGGCAGUGUUUACAGAUCAUACGGGGAUCUUGUCUGAGUGCAGAUUCUGGUUCAGUGGGUCUGGGGUGCAGUUUUUAUAUUUCUAACAAGCUCCCAGGUGCUGUAGAUGCUGCUGCCCCCACUCCCAUACUUUAAGUACCAAAGUCCUGGAGAACGUUAUUCACAUGAAGGUGGCUCACACCCCCGACCUCUUUCUUGCCUCACCCUUAAAAACCGCACACCCCACGAGUCUUCCUGAGCAUUCAGGCGGCAUCGGCAGUUAUGCGUUAAGGAGUGUGGAUUUAAGGCGCUUUGGCCUAAUGCCUAUAAAAUGCCCAUUUAGAAGAUAUACAAAAGCAUACUUCAAAAAUGUUAAACCCUCACAAACAGCUUUUCCCAAGAGACCAUUUGUGUUAUGAUUACUUGUAUAAAUACGCUUCCUGCUUAAAGUAAACUUGACCCAAGUGGCUAGCAAAUUAGAAAUGCCAUUCAUCUCUGACAUAUGAUACUGUUGCCAUGUAAAGGCCUUUAAUAAGCCAUUUAAACUUACUGUGAGACUGUAUGUUUUAAUCACAUUUAUAAAUAUAUAGCUCAAAGGCAGUUAAACUGCUUAGCAUUCAGCCACUGAGAAUUAUAAUAGGAUACAAUGUAUAAGCUACUCAAUUAUCUACUACUUAUACUACAUUUACCUAUAAAAUGAGAUUUUUCUUUGUUUUCCACUGUGCUGUUACAAAUUUUUCUUUGAAAAUGGGGACUCUUAAGCAAUGAUAUGAUAAUUGUGGGUAAAAAUUGAUGAGAGUGUUAGCUCUUGUUUUAUAAGGAAUUGAAGUAAUUAUUAAUUGAAAAAUAACUCCUUAGUAAUUGAACUGUCAUAUUUAGAAUGAAAGAAAAACAACAAUUUGUGAAAGUUCAAAGCGCUGGUGCAAUUGAAGAACUGAAGUAAGUUAAAACUAUGGUUAGUAAUAUCAUCCUGUGUUUGUACAGCAAAACAAUUUCAUAACUUUGUUUUUGUAACUUGGAUAAUUCUAUUUCAUUUUAGUAAAUCUUUGCAGGCAAGUUGGGGAUAGUGCAGUGUGGCUUCACAUCUCUUUACUAUGAAGAUUUGGCCAGCAAAAGGUAUCCAGAGAGGAAAUCCAAGAUAUUUAUAACAGUCCAUAAUUUUUAGCGUAUGAAUCAAAUUCAAGUAUAACAUUGGCCAAGAAAAAUUAAAUCCUGUUGCUAACAGAUGAGAUGGAAGUCUGUGGUUUCAGAGACCCAAAACAUUGUAGAAGAAACACUACUGUGACCUCGACAACCUCAGCCUAGUCAUCCUUCAUGUAUUCAUUCAAUGAAUAGUCAUUAAGUGCCUACUGUGUGCCAGGCACUGUCCUAGGUACUGGGGCCCCUGGGAACCUUCUCUGUCUGGUUUGCUGCUGUAUUCUCUCCCAGGGCAUUAUAUUUAUGAUGAAAGAUGCUGUGGAUUCAUUUCUUUCAGUCAAGUAAAAACAGACUUUGUAGGUUUCUGCUGAAUAAACUGCCAAGUCCCAGAAACCCAGGUUUGGGAAGAAUUAGCAACCCUCAGCAUAAGAUAAACCCCCAUCAAAGUGUCAGCGGACAGAGGAAGGUAAACCUAAUGUUUUCAACUGUAGAACCAUGUGAGCUUCAGGGGGACCCCUUUCAAAUCAGGAAGAGAGCCUGUCAGAUCUUGGAAGAGGGAGUUCCCUGCUCUAUUUGGAACAUGCUCUGGUUCCUUAAACAUGGAGCAUUCCUAUUGCUCUCUCUCUUCCUAGAGUAAGUCUUGUAGCCAACUGCCUGUCACAUGCCUCUCAUGUGGAUUCAUUUUCAGGCCAACUGUUGAGUUGCCUGACAUUCUAAACAAAGCAUCAGGAGCAUAUAUGCUUUUGAUUGUUUUUGAGGUGGUGGUGGAGGUGGUGGUGAUCUGUUUCCUUGGAAGGGAUAAUAAGUAAAGCCUCCUAUGGCCAACAGUGUGUACUUACAAAAAACUGACUGCAGCAUCAUGUGUUCCUGAAGAUCAAGAUCCUUGCUUUGUGUGGGAGGUGAAGUCCUCGCCUUGUAGAACAUACAGCCCAAACCAGCCGAGCUCACGGGCUGCAAAGCGGACCUCUGAUGAAGUAGACGCCUGUCAUUUUACAUCACUGUCUCUUUUUUUUGCACCUUACAAAGUAUUAAUAAAUGUUCCACUAAUAGGUGAUAA